AUGCUACCAAGUUACAAAAAUGAGGUGGAACCGAUACAUUUAUUAGGAUUCAACAUUGCCAGAAGCCAAAAAUGGGUGCAAUUUGUGCUGUUAUCCGGAGCAAUAUUUGUAUUAUAUGUUGGCUAUGGUUACAUGCAAGAAUUGCUCUUCAAAAUGCCGGGGCUCAAAAGUUUCGGAUGGACAUUGACUUUUAUCCAAUUUUUAAUUUAUAGUGGUUGUGGAUAUGGAGAAAGUCAAGUUUGGCAUAAUACGAGGAGAAUGUGAGUUGGUUUAGGGCGGGAAAAAUCUGAAGAAGCCACGUGGCAAAAAAAAUUGAUUUUUGAAUUUUUUAGUGAAAAAGUAUACGUGGAUGGUCCAAAAAUCGAUAAAUUGCUCAGAAAUCCACGUGGGAAAUUGAUUUUUGAACUUUUAAUGCGAAAAAAUCCACAUGGAAUGCCCAAAAAAACCUCGAAAAAUCGAUAAAUGACCCAGAAAUCCACGUGGCAACCUUAAAAACUUCGAAAAAACCCCAUUUUUCCAGGAUUCCCCUACGAAUUUACAUGAUAAUCGCAUUUUUCACCGUCGCCACAAUGGGCCUCUCAAAUUCCUCUGUGGCUUAUCUGAAUUAUCCGACUCAAGUCAUUUUCAAAUGCUGUAAAUUGAUUCCGGUUAUGAUUGGUGGAGUGUUGAUUCAAGGGAAGCGAUAUGGAUUGUUGGAUAUUGCGUCGGUGGUUUUGAUGAGCGCUGGUGAGAGAUUUUGGGGUUUGAAAUUGCGGAAAAUUGGAAUUUUUGACAUUGAAAACCUAGAAAUACUAAAAAUUAUCAGAAAAUCUGAAUUUUGAAUUUGUUUUCUGAGAAAAAAGGAAAACUUCUGAAACAGUGAGAAAAUUCUAUGAAAACUCCAAAAAUAUCUUGAAAAUAUGUUGGUCUUUUGAUUUAAAAUUACACAAUUUUUGAUACUGAAAACCUAGAAAUAUCUGAAAAUCUGAUUUUUCUAAUAAAAAUUGAAUUAUAUUUUAUUUUUCGAAUCAUGGCCAAUUUGAAAUCAAAUGUUCAAAAUUCAAAUUUACUAGUAAAAAUUUUGAAACAGUGAAUUUUAAUUAGAAAUUUCAUUUUUUAUUGUUAGACUUAUUAUUGGUCCAGUAUCGAUUUUGAAUCGAUUUUGAAAAAAAAUGAAAAUUUCUAAUAAAAAUUUUGAAACAGUGAAAUUUUUUCAUAAAUUUGUAUACAAUUUUUAUGGGGUGAUUCAUAAAAAUAAAUUGACAAAAAAAGUGCGAUUAAUUUCACGUUUUUUGUCAAUUAAUCGCAUUCAUUUCUGAAAAAAUGCGAUUAAUUGACAAAAAACGUGAAAUUAAUCGCACUUUUUUUGUCAAUUUAUUUUUAUGAAUCACCCCAUUAAAGUUCAGAAAUUAUUUUCAAAAGUAUUAUCAAUUUUUAAAAAUUUCAAAUUUGCUAAUAAAUAUUGUGAAACAGUGAAAAAUUUCUGUGAAAAUUGUUAUUUUUUCCGAAAAAUUGAUUCAAAAAUCCAAGUUUUCAGCAAAAAUCUGAAUUCUUGGAUUUUUGGCAAGGUUCCCUGCGAUGUAUCAAUAAAAGUUAGAUUUCAAAAUUAAUAAUAGAAAUUGUGAAACAGUGAAAAAAUUAGAUACGUGAAAAUUAUUUUCAAUUUUUUAAAGAUUAGUUUUUCUUUCAAUUUUGUUUCUCCUGAAAUUCAUCUUCCCAUCAAUUUUCACAAUUUUCAAAAAAAAUUAUAACAAUUUUUGAAACAGUAAAUUUUUUCUGGGUAUUUAUUUGGAAUUUUUUUUUUGGAAUAAUUAAUCGCCCUAAAAUCAUUUUUUCAAAUUUCAAAUUUACUAAUAACAUUUUUGAAACAGUAAAAAAAUCUGUGAAAAAAUUUUUUUCCGAAAAAUUCAUUCAAAAAUUCAAAUUUUCAGCAAAAAAAUUUGAAUUUUUGAAAAAAUGAUUGAAAAAGAUUCCAGAAAAGAACCAAAUUUCAAAAUUAGUAAAGUAACCUUUGAAACAGUGAAAAAUUCAAAAUUCCUAUGAAAAUGUUUUUGGUUUAAUUUCCUUAUAAAUCAAUUUUCUCAAUUUUCAAAACAAAUUAUAAAAUUUUGUGAAACAGUGAAAAAUUUCUGAAUUUUUUUGUUAGAAAUAUGGAAGGAAUCGGUCAAAGAUUAUUUUUUCAACUUUCAAAUUUACUAAUAAAAUUUUUGAAACAGUGAAAAAUUUCUGUGAAAAUUUUUUUCCCGAAAAAUUCAUUCAAAAAUCCAAGUUUUCAGUAAAAAAAUUUGAAUUUUUGGUUUUUUUUGAAAUAUCAAUCAGUUUCUCAAUUUUCAAAAUCAGCAAAAAAAAUUUUUCAAUUCUUAUCUUUCAAAAAAAUCACAGAAACAUACAAUUUUGAGAGUCCUGAAUUUUUUUUGCACAUUUUCAGAUUACGAAUCAAUUUUGACAAAUUUCAAAACUAAUAAUAAAAUUUUUGAAACAGUGAAAAAAAUCUGUGAAAAAUUUUUUUCCCGAAAAAUUCAUUCAAAAAUCCAAGUUUUCAGUAAAAAAAUUUGAAUUUUUGGUUUUUUAUGGAAUUGUUUCAAAAUUAGUAAAGUAACCUUUGAAACAGUGAAAAUUCAAAAUUCCUAUUUUUUCUUUUGAAGUCCUGCUAAUUCGUCUCCGAUCAAUUUUCACAAUUUUCAAAACAAAUUAUGUAUUACAAUUUUUGUAACAGUAAAUUUUUUCUGGGUAUUUAUUUGGAAUUUUUUUUUGGAAAUCGGUCGAUCAUUUUUUUUUCAAAUUUCAAAAAUAAUAAUAAAAUUUUUUGAAACAGUAAACAAAUUCUGUGAAAAUUUUUUUCUUAAAAUUCAUUCAAAAUUCCAAAUUUUCAGAAAAAAAUUUAAUUCUUAAUUUUUUUCAAAACUGAAAUCAAAAUUAAUCAAUUAUUCAAUUUUCAAAAAUAGAAAUGAAACCUUUGAAACAGUCUAAAAUUCAAAAAUUCCGUUUUUUCAUUUUUUUUUUUUUGAUUUUGAAGCCUCGCUAUAUCGUUCAGUUUUCACAAAAUUCAAAAAUAAUUAUAAAAAUUUUGAAACAGUGAAAAUUUCUGAAUUUGUUUUUGGAAAUAUGAAAGGAAUCGGUCAAAGAUCAUUUUUUCAACUUUCAAAUUUACUUAUAAAAUUUUUGAAACAGUAAAAACUUUCUGUAAAAUUUUUUUCUGAAAAAUUCAUUCGAAAAUCCAAAUUUUCAUCAAAAAAUUUGAAUUUUUGGUUUUUUUUGAAAAGCUUUCAAUCAGUUUCUCAAUUUUCAAAAUUAGCAAAAAAAUUUUUUCAAUUUUAUCUUUUAAAAAAAUCACAGAAACAUAGAAUUUUGAGUCCAGAAAUUUUUUUGCACAUUUUCAGAUUACGAAUCAAUUUUGACAAUUUUCAAAACAAAUAAUACAAUUUUUGAAACAGUGAAAAAAAUCUGUGAGAAAUUUUUUUCCCGAAAAAUUCAUUCAACAAUCCAAAUUUUCAGCAAAAAAAUUUGAAUUCUGGGUUUUUUUCAAUUUUCAAAAUUAGUAAAAUAACCUUUGAAACAGUGAAAAAUUCAAAGUUCCUAUGAAAAUGUUUUUUGUUUAAUUUCCUUAUAAAUCAAUUUUCACAAAUUUCAAAAUUAAUUAUAAAAUUUUUGAAACAGUGAAAAAUUUCUGAAUUUUUUUAAAUUUUUUUUUGGAAAUCGGUCGAUCAUUUUUUUUUCAAAUUUCAAAAAUAAUAAUAAAAUUUUGUGAAACAGUGAAAAAUUUCUGAAUUUUUUUUAAUUUUUUUUUGGAAAUCGGUCGAUCAUUUUUUUUCAAAUUUCAAAAAUAAUAAUAAAUUUUUUGAAACAGUAAAUUAUUUCCAAAGUGUUUAUUUUUCCAGGAAUUGUAAUGUUCACAUUGGCCGACAACAAAGUCUCUCCAAUUUUCGAUUCUCGUGGUUAUAUCAUGAUAUCCGGAGCACUUCUAGCCGAUGCUGUCAUCGGAAAUAUUCAGGAGAAAAAUAUGAAAAAAUAUGGUGGAAGUUCGAAUGAAGUUGUCCUAUAUUCCUAUGGAAUCGGCUCAAUUUUCAUAUUUUUCUAUAUUUUGAUAAGUGGCGAGAUUUUCGAGAGCAUUCCUUUUCUGUGGACACAUUUCAAUGAGGUUUUCUGGAAUUGUGUGAUUUUUUCGUUGCUUGGAUAUUUGGGUGUUAAUGUCGUGUUGACACAUAUUAAGGUAAGGGAUUUUGGGGUUUUUUGAAAAAUAUAUUUUGAAGAAAAAAACUUAGCCUAACUUUCUUGGGAAAAAAUUACCCAAAAAUAUAGAAAUUGUAUUUUUCGGGAAAAUUUGGGUUUUGCUAAAUUUGAAAAUCUCAUAAUUUUUGGGUAAGGACUUAUUUUAAGUUAAAAAUGUUUCGAAAAAAUUCGAGGCUUUAAAAAAUUUUGGUUUUCUCAAGGAGUCGCGCCUUGAGAGCCUAGUUGUCAAGUGGCCGAGCCUAGAGAUCCAUUCUGACAAGGAUCAGCGCCUUGAGAUCCUAUAUGACAAGCAGCCGAGCCUUGAGAACCUUAUUCUCAAGUAGCCGCACCUUCAGAACCUAUUUUUCAAGCAUCCGUGCCUUGAGAUCCUAGCUCUCAAGCAUCCGCGCCUUGAGAACCCAGUUGUCAAGCAGUCGCGCCUUGAGAACCUAACUUUCUAGGAGCCGCGCCUUGAAAACCUCAUUUUCUAGGAGCCGUGCCUUCAGAACCUAACUUUCUAGGACUUGCUCCUAGAGAUCCUCCCUGUCACGCAGCCGCGCCUAGAGAUCCACUCUGGCAAGGAACCGCGCCUUGAGAGCUUAUAUGACGAGUAUCCGCGCCUAGAAAAUCUGAUUCUCAAGGAGUCGCGCCUUGGGAGCUGCUUUUAUGACAAGCCGUCGCGCCUAGAGAUCCUCCCUGUCAAGCAGCCGCGCCUUGAAAACCUAAUUUUCAAAAAAAUGAUUUUUCCCGAAAAUUAUACGUUUCAAAAUUUUCUCUUCAGCUCAGCGCUAUUUCUGAAUCUGAUUCGUCAAUAUUUUUCUCCAGAAUCACGAAAAAAAAACAAAUUCCAGGUCUUCGGUGCACUUUUGGCUGUAACAGUCACAACCCUCCGAAAAGCGCUCACAAUAAUCCUAUCAUUUAUUCUCUUCUCAAAACCCUUCACUUUGGACUAUUUAUGGGCGGGACUCAUUGUACUGUUGGCGAUUUAUUUGAACUUGUAUAGGUGGGUUUUGAAAUUUUGAAGUUCUGGAAUUUCAGACCAUUUUUUCCAGCAAAAACAAGGCGUCUUGGAAUCAAAAAAUGCGUGUGAUAUUUGCAAAUGUGAUCGGAUAUUCGGCAUCCCAAAAAACACACCGUGAUACACUUUUAGUCUGA